ACUAUAUAACUUUUUUAAGUUAAAAUUUAAUUUUAAAGAAUUAAAUAAAAUUCCUAACAGAUAAACGCCACUAAACACAACAAUAAUUAAUAUAAUUUAAGAUCGGAGUAAUAUUUUGUAUGGCGGGUACUUUUCUUGUUACCGCCCGUCUACAUUGAUCCUUUUGCUCUAUAAUUAGACAGUCGAACCCCCUCUAAUGACACAGAACACGUAAUAGUCGCCAUACAUUCUAAGUGUAUAAAAACAAAUAUAGAUUAUGUAUGUGUGUUUUUCUUUUGCUGUCUUUUCUGUACAAUAUUGUUUUUACACGUAAAGGCCGUACUUGUUGACGAGUUAGAGUUGUGGGAGGCGAUCGAAAGUGUAAUUCGGCGAAAUGCACUUCAAGAGAAGGAGAUUUUCUCAUGAAUAUUUUUUCGUUGCCGUUACAGUCUUUUUAGUUUACAGUCUAAGAUGAAGUAAAUGGUAAGAGGAGAAGGAGCGACGGUGUUGUGGCACGUUCCAAAAUUAAACUUCAGCCAACUGGAUCACAGAGAGGUAUACACUACACAGUGCAAUCGUCGCUGUCACACCGUCUUCGUAUUCAUCUCUAUUAUCAUCAAUACUAAUCGCUGAUAUAAUAUAUUCGGUAAUUGAUAAAUAUUGAUCACUCUUCUUUAAGUCAUCGUCAUGAAGGUGAAAUGUUUUCUUCGCUGAAGUUGUCUGCACUUAAAUCCAAAAACGGAGCUAGUACGAGUAGCCUAAACCAUUCAUCUUUAACUAGACAGAAUCGAAAAUCCACCGGAAAAUGGUUGUUAGAUAAAGUAUGUUCGUCACAGAAAAACGACGAUAAUCGUGGAAGACUUAUGGUUUCAGACACGUCCAAAUUUUAUGACUCUAAUAGUCAUUAUGCUGACUAUUGUGUUUAUAAUAAAGAAAAAUAUAAUAAUCAAUGUGUUAAACACAAGUUAAUCGAUGUUUUCAUAGAACGCGACGGGGGUGGUAGUUUGGGUAUUGUUCUUCGUGGAGGUGCUCAUUCAGACCCAAAUAUGUGCCGACCUUUGAUUGUAACACAUGUCCGUGUCGAUGGUCCAGCUGAUAGGGAAGGGACUAUUAAAGUGGGUGACCAUUUGUUGGCCGUUGAUGGAAUGUCCCUUAACGGUUUAACACUGGCCGAAGCCGAUGCAGUACUCCGACAAUCAGAUCGCGCUUGUCGCCUAACCAUUCGAUAUCAGAUGUCAUCUGCAGAAAGAAUAGGCGAUGCCAUAAAUCCUAUGUUGGUUGAAGUCGAAAGCCCUCGGCCUCAUCAAUUAGGAUUGAGUUUAACGAAUACUUUACAUAAUAGUGCUGUUGUUGUUGAUCAUGUAAAACCUGGAAGCAUAGCCGAACGAAGCGGUGCUAUAUUUGCUGGUGAUCAAAUUGUUGCUGUCAAUGAUAUUAGGGUAGCGGGUACUAGAAUGGCAGCCAGUGAUGUUUAUAAGCUUUUGAGAGCGUGUGGUGGAGCACGUGCAAUGCUUAGGUUGGAAAUAAUACCAGUAUUCAAUUCAGAAAUGAUUCAUGCUGACUACUGUUCAUCGUAUGACUUGCGUCCGUACAAUAUGUGUUCCAUGUAUGAAGACCCGUCGGUAUGGGAACCUACAGAUUCACAUAAUGUGGUGCGAACAGACCACACGAUAUUAACUCUAGUGGCAGACGAAAACUGUAGAUUCGGUGUGGAGGUACGUUCGAACAAUUCUGUACUCGUUGUGUGCUCUAUCGAACCCGGAGGACCUGCUGAUCGCACCGGAUGUCUGCAAGUGGGUGAUCGAAUUUUAUCAGUGAACGGUUGCAAGAGUGCCAGUUUUGUAGCAUUAUCUCAACAACCUCUACACGAAUUUUUGGGACCCGAAGUAAAAAACGCUUGUGUCAAAAUAGAGUUUGACAUUAUUGACUUUGUCGUGCCCACAUCUGGCGAAUUUACCAUAAAACUGAUUAAGAGUGACAAUAGGAACUUAGGAAUCACCAUUACAGACGACGGUAACGGACAUGUAUCUAUUUCUGAAAUUGUUCCUGGAUCCAUAGCACACCGUUCGGGUACUUUGAAGACUGGUGACACUUUGUUGGCUGUAGACAAUAAGUCUUUACAUAAUUGUAGCCGACAAGAGGCUACAGAAAUACUCCAGGAAGCAGGUGACGUAGUUACACUGCAUGUACAGACUUCGUCUGUUGAUUUAGUAGACGACUACGAGGACGAUGAUGAUUUAGUCCAAUACACAGUUGAAUUAUACAAGAAAGGAGAACCUUUGGGUAUUACUAUAACUGGGUCUGAAGAUUCUCGUUUACCUAUUUCAAUACAAGAACUUUCACCUGGUGGUUUGGUGGCUCGCACUGGGGCCAUUCACGUGGGAGACCGAUUAUUGGCCAUAAACGGCACAGAUUUGUCACAAGCGCCACUUUCAACCGCAAUCUCACAAUUGCAAAAUACCGACGACAGAGUCGUGAUUACCGUAUCUCGUCCUCAACGGCCUUUAUAUACGAGUAUCGGUUUACUGUCAACCGACUCGGCCAUCGAAUCGGACACUACUCAGUCUGCGCCUAACUUACAUGAGCCCACACCAGAGAGAAUAGUUUUGAGGCAUAGAUCUAGAAGUGCUCAAAGAAAAGUACCGGAGUUCGACAGCGAUUACUUUGGGGGUACUCUUAGGCCGUAUUACAUAAGAGAGCACACGGACUAUGAUGUUGAUAGCAUAUUUAGGAUUGCUGAAAACCAGGAUAGAGAUGGACUUUUAGACUAUGAUUUGUUCCAAGUUACAUUGUUUAAAGAUGGUAUAUAUGAAGAUUUUGGAUUUAGUAUUUCUGAUGGUUUGUAUGAAAGAGGGGUGUUUGUAAAUAACAUUCGUAAGGGAGGUCCAGCCGAUAUGAGCGGCAUGUUGAAACGAUAUGAUCGCAUAAUACAGGUAAACAACACUAGGACGGAUGAUUCAGAUUGUUGCCUAACUGUCCCAUUAAUAGCAACAGCGGGGGAUAAAAUAACAUUGACUGUCGAAAGGAGAAACAACAUGUCAAAAGUACAGUUUCCAACGGAUUGAUGAAGUUUCCUAAACAUUAUUUCAUGACAGUAGUCAUAAUGAAUUACAAUAUCUACUAUUAAUAUUUAAGAAAAAUUACUAAAAUUAUACUAUUUGUAAGAUAAUUGAAAUAAAUAUUUUUUUUAUA